AUGUUCAAGAAGCUUGAAAUAAAUAUCCCUUUUUCCGAGACACUAGAGCAAAUGCCUAUAUAUGCCAAGUUCAUGAAAGAUAUCAUCUCCAAGAAAUGCACCACUGACACUGAACAUGUACUUUUGACUGAAACAUGCAGUGAUAUUUGGCAGGGUAUAAAGAUUCUUGUGAAAAAGAAAUAUAUGGUCUAUGUCACCAUUCCAUGCACUAUUGGAUACAGAACAUUCAAGAAGACACUUAUUGAUUUGGGAGCUAGUGUGAGUCUCAUGCAUUUGUCCGUCUAUAGGAAGUUAGGUAUUUGUGUUGUUCAGGAUACCAGAAUGACACUUCAAUUUGCAGAUCACUCAGUGAAGAUACCUUAUGGUAUAGUGGAAGAUGUUUUGGUAAAAAUAGACAAGUUUAUGUUUUCUGUUGAUUUUGUGAUUCUUGAAAUGCCCGAAGAUGGAAAGAUUCCACUUAUCUUAGGAAGACCAUUUCUAUAG